GAUGACGACGACGACGAUGAUGAUUGUGGUGAUGGUGACGAUGAUGAUACGAAUCAUUCAUCACAACAACAAUUACCGAGUCAGCAAAGAUGGCCAUUCAAAGCGAGCAGAAAAUGGGAGCCGAAACAAGUACAGAUCAAAACAUUGGAAGGCGAAUUCAGUGUGACAAUGUGGUCUCAUGAUGAUAUGCCCACCAUUGAUUUUGUGGAUGAUUUUCGAGCCGAUGAAAACAAUGUUUCUAUUGAAGAUAUUCUGCCAUCCGGAUUCUAUCAGAAAUCUCCGCCGCAAAACCAAGAUCAAACAAUCACUGUGAAGAAUAGUUGUUCAGGUUCCAUUACAAUGAUGACCACAACUAGGAGAUUGAUAAGCGGAGAGGAUGAACUCCGUACGAUAGCAUGUCCUCAUCGAGGUUGUAUGAAAAUGUUUCGUGAUAAUAGUGCCAUGCGAAAACAUCUUCACACACAUGGCCCUCGUGUUCAUGUGUGUGCCGAAUGUGGAAAGUCGUUUGUCGAAUCCAGUAAACUGAAGCGUCAUCAACUGGUGCACACUGGCGAAAAGCCAUUCCAGUGUACGUUUGAUGGAUGUGGAAAACGAUUCUCGUUGGAUUUCAAUCUUCGAACUCAUGUAAGGAUCCACACAGGUGAUCGUCCCUAUGUCUGUCCGUUUGAUGGUUGUCUGAAGAAAUUUGCCCAAUCGACCAAUCUAAAGUCGCACAUUCUAACGCAUGCAAAAUCGAAAAACUAUUCAAACCUAAUAAAACCGUAUCAGUGUUCGGUAAAGAAGAUGAUCACUGCUGUGGUUGAUGUCGGUAUGGAAGCUGCCGCUGCCGUGGCUGCAGCCGCCGGAGCAAAUAACAACAACAACAAUAACGAUAAUAACAAUUGCAUUCAACCGGUUGUUGGAUCGAAUGCGCCUGAGCCGCGGUUGAUAAUAUCCGAUGUGGUAGAUGUGCUACCACCAUCAUCAUAAUGAUUCCGUUUAUGUAGCUUUAUCGUGUAUUAGCUUCAGAUGUUGAGUGUUUAUUUUUGUUGUAAAUAUGUAUGCGAAUGAUAUUUUAUUUUCUAUUUUUCACAUGUAUAAAUUUAUACAUGCCACACACUAUUUCAUAUUUCACAUGAUAAUGAAACAAAUAGAUUCAUUCAUUCAUUGAA